AUGGCCCAAGAAGUCCUCUACAACGUCAUCUUCGGCACCUCCUCAAUCAGCCGCUACAACAUCCAAACAGUCACCCAAACCCCCGCUAUCCUGCACCACCACAAGCGCUCCCGCGUAAAGCACUGCGACUACCCUGGCGUCAUCCCCGAANAAGGGCACUCGGUUCGCGGCACCUACGUGACCGGCCUCACCGAUGGCGACAUCUACCGCUUGGACAUGUUCGAGGGCAGCCAGUAUUCUUUACGCACUGUGCGUGUGAAGCUGUUGAAGUCUGCAGGCGAUGCAGCAACAGGAAGCGGCAAUGUCGAGGGCGAGGAGGUGGAGACGCAGACCUACAUCUGGACUGCCAAGGUCGAGCAACUCGAGGACAAGGAGUGGGAUUAUGCGGCUUUCAGAAAGGAAAAGCUUGCCAUGUGGUCGGGCGGCGAGCCUGAAGGUGAGUGCUUUCUCUUCACAGUCACACACCAUCAGAAUAUUCUAACGUACCUUUGCAAACAGNAACAAGGCUGGGACGACGAGGAGACCAUCGACCCCACUGGCGGUAGAUUCGGCAACGGUCAGAUUGCCCAGGAUCUCAGCAAGGAGCACGAGAAACUGAAGCAGCAAGAGGGCAACAACGGCGAGCCUCUGAAGAGCGCUGUCUAA